AUGUCUAAAGUUACAAACAAGAGAAAGAACGAUAAGUAGUUCAGUGAAAUAGAAAAGCCUGCUGGCAAAAAGGUUUUCAAUAAUGAAAAAAAUGGUGCUAACAAAGGUGAAGGUUAGAAGAAGAAUUUUAAGAACUUUAAGCAAAAUGAUAAAUAAGAAAAUGGAUAAAAGACUGAGAAAAAGGCAUCAAAUUAUAAAUAUAGUAAAGAAGGUAGACAAUAAAACAAGGAAAAAUAAGGUAAAUAGGACAAGAAGGUUUUCAAAACAAAAGAGAAAUUUGAUAAAAAAACCAAAAAAAUAUAUGCUGAAGGGGAAAAUGAAGAAAACGAUGGAAGUGGUAUUCUUAUCAGUGAAAUAAAUGUCAAAGUAAAUAAAAUACAAAGCAAAGAUACUCCUUAAGAAGAAAAGGAAAAGUAUAUUGAGGAAUAUAUUUCUAAAUUAUCUGGUGUCCUUAAGCAAAUCGUUCAUAAACGUGAUGGUUCUAGAUCAGUUUAAGCUUGUAUCAAGAAUGGAAGCGAAGAACAAAGAGAAAAAAUAUUUAAUAUUCUUUUAGAUAGUAAAGAACUUGAUGAAAUCAUUAAGAGUAAAUAUGGUCAUUUUGUCGCUCUUCGUAUGAUCAAGUAUUUGAAAAACAAAACUACCAAAGACAAAUUGUUUGAAGUUAUCAAAAAAAACGCUUUUUACUUAGUUACUCACGUUGAAGGUGCUAAGGUCUUAGAUAAAUUUGUUAUAAAUAACGCCACUCCUGCCCAAUUUAACACCCUUAAAAAAUUAUUCUCCAACAAGCUUGAAACUGCUGCUAACCUUAAGCAAGAAGAAGCUAUUGAAAAUAUUGCUGCUAAGAUUAUCGAUAAGGGAAACCACGCCCCUCUUUUAUCAAAAUAUAUUCUCCACAUUUCUCUUCCUAUUUUAAUUCCUGUUGAACGUGAAAAGGUUAUUGAAUAUCUCAGAGAAAAAAUUUUAGAUCUUGUUGAUGAUAAAGAAGGUAUUAAGUUAGCUUUAGAUGUCAUAAAUUAUUCUACUCCUAAGGACAAAAAGCUUUUAGCUAAGAAUUUAAAGGAUCACAUUUUUGAAAUUAUCAACAGUUAACACUCAUAAGCAUUCGUUAUUAUUAUCAAGCUUCUUUUCUCAUGGGAUGAUACAGUUUAAGCAAAUAAAAGUAUUUUGGCUGAAUUAAAGCCUAGAUUAGAUGAGCUUCUUCCUACUAAGAAUGGUAUUAGCUUUUUCUCAGCAAUAUUCUAGCCUAAGCACAAUGCUUUGACAUCUCUUGAGAAGGAAAUUAAAUUUACCACAAGCAAGAAGCCUCUCGAACAAAAGUUAAGUGAAGUCAUUGAAAGUGUAUUCGACGAUUUAGUUAACUGUAUACCAAAAAUCCCUGAAGAAUAAUUAUUUAAAGACUUUAAUACUUCCAGAUUCUUAUCAAGCAUCAUCAGACAUAUUUUCAUUUCCAAAUAAGAAAAACAUUAUUAGUUUGCUUUUAACUUUGUAGACAAAAUUUUAAAGGAUGGCGAAUAAUUCUUGAGUUCUAACGAUAAAAAGAAAAACUUCAAUGAUGAAUGUCUUUUAAGUCACCACGAUGCCCAUAGAAUUAUGAAAAAUAUUAUUUUAAUUGUAAAAGAAGUAAAAGAUGAAUCCACAAAGGAAGCUAUUGUUAAAAAAAUAAGCAAUUUAACUAAUUUGUUACUUAAGCAUUUAUCUACUGUCUUGUCUUCAAGAGCUACCUAUCUCCUUGUUGCUUUAAUAGAAAAUGAUAUUAAUAAAAAGAUGGUUAUAGAUGCAGUUAAAAAGGACAAGACCCUCUUAUAAAAAUAAGGAGAAGAUAAUAAAGGUGCUACUUUGUUAAAAAGCCUUAUUGCAGGAUAAUGA